UCUAUGAUCAAGUUCCAAGGCCACACAUCUACUAAAAGCGAAAUAUUGAAAUACACUGGCUUUCUAACAAUAAUUUUUUUUUUCCAUGUUUAAGAUAUAAACAUUGAUGAAAGAUUUAGCCUGUGCAAGUUUCCAUAAAGUUAUUGGCCCUAAAGGACUGGUUUUUCAGGGGGUGAGAAACAGUGAGGAGCAAACAAACCUGCAAUGAGGACCCUGAAUUCGAUCUUCAUUCUGAACACAACGAUUGUGCGUCCUGAGUUCUUUUUCAUAAGUGGCCUAGCUGGUAUUCCCCACACAAAAUACUACUAUUCGUUCUUGUGCUUUAUUUACAUUUUGUCUCUACUGGGAAACCCAUUUGUCAUGUUUAUGAUUUACAGUGACCACUGUCUUCACAGUCCAAAAUGCAUUGCAGUGUUUAAUUUGGCUGUGACUGACUUGUGUGUAAGCACAGCAAUCGUUCCUCAGGUGAUUGACACCUUCCUGUUUAAAUCACAUUUAAUCUCCUACGAGGCCUGCUUGACCAAUAUGUUUUUUGUUUAUUGGUUUCUCACAAUGCAGUCUUUCACUCUCACAGUUAUGUCCUACGACAGAUAUGUUGCUAUAUGCUUCCCACUGAGAUACAAUGAGAUUGUGACUAAUAAAUCAAUGUUGCUGAUCACAGCUAUAACAUGGAUUAUUGCAGGACAGGCUAAUUUCAUACCUGUAGUUUUUGUCAGCAGACUGUCAUUCUGCAAAUCCAUUGUGAUAAACAGUCAUUUCUGUGAUUAUGGACCCACAUUCCGGUUAGCGUGCAAUGACAACACUCCAAAUUAUGUGAUUGGUUGGACUCAUUCUGUUAUGAUUCUCUGGUUUCCAGUUCUUUUUAUCACAGGCACAUAUAUUUCUAUAGCCAGAGCAUUAUUAAAAAUUGCAGCAGCCUCAGAGCGCCUCAAAGCCAUGAAAACCUGCACUGCACAUUUGAUCUUGGUGGGUCUGUUUUAUCUUCCUAUAUGUUUCACCUAUGGAUUAGGCUCCAGAAUUCACCAGAACGCCAGGAUUAUUAACACAUCUUUGGGGAUGGUCUUGCCGUCGAUACUGAAUCCAAUCAUUUACUCGUUGAAGACAGAAGAAUUCACAGAAUCCAUUAAAAGGUUAUACAGAAGAAAAAAGACACACAUCACUGGAAGGAAACAAUUAAUAAAUGGUUGAUUCACAAAUAACUAGCUGGCAAGUUUGUGUCUUUUUUUUUUUUUACCUGUAAGAGCAAUUCACAGAUUUUAUCCAAUGAAAGGGAGUCCAGUGACAUAUAUGAAAAACAAGCAGAUUAGGCUGUGAAUAAGUACAGUUGCUUUU